CAAUAGAUAUGGAUUUUGAAAAAUGUAUUUCUGACUUUCUCAAUGACACGGCUCUUCACGACUGGUCCAUGAACUGUCUUCGCUAUCUAGAACGUCGUGUACUAUUCUCGUCCGGUAGCAAAAAUGAUAUCAUUGAUGCAUUCAAACGAUCACUUGAGAAGAGUGGCAAAUCCUCUGUCAUGUAUGCAAACGCGAAGGAAAAAGCCAUUAAAUUAUCCAAGAACGCCGAAGAGAUUUUUCGAAGAAAGAAGUUCUUGACUUUUUUAGUGAAAUUGACCGAAAGUGGGAAAUUAGACACAAUGGUCGGGAAAUCACUAGAAAUGUCGAUAUGGCAAAGGUUGCGAUUUCGAAGACGGCAACUACAAAUCUAA